AAUCAGUCUGUCCAGAAAUCGUCGCGGCAUGCAGCCGGGUUUCCAUCCUCUGCCCUAAUGUCGUUCGGGGAGCAUAACACCUCGCUCCACGCGUCGGAUCUGGUCCCGCCCGGUCGGACCUCGUCACGAGGGGGUGCGGCAGAUGAAGAGAACCGGGACUCACGCAGUCUGAGGGCAGAGAAUGAGCACUUACGACAAUGCCUCAGGCUUAUGCAGGAACAGGCAGAGCUGGAGAGUGCCAACCUCAUCUCUUCCGUGAUAGCCUGGUGUGAUGAUAGGUUCAGGAAGAAAUUUGCUGACAUGUCCCUUGCAACGUCUUCAGGAAGGAAGGCUGCCAGUCCUUUCCGUCCCAUCGCUCCCCCAGGAACAGUCAAAGCGCUUGACGCUGGUAGCAAAAUCUCGCCAUCGGACUAUAUGAGCACCGUUUCGACAUUUUCCAACCUGACUCCACCAUCUAGUCCUGUACGCAGUUUCAACAGAAAGCCUGAGGAGAUCAACCAGUCGUAUCCAGCAGCCAACGGUCUUUCCCAGCGGAUGCAACCCCCUCAGCCUUCCCUCUCGAAAGAACGUAGCUACUCGCCAACGUUGUCAUCAAGUCGACAACGCCAAAACUCACCAACUGGGACACUUCCCUCUGAUGGCGUUUCCGGUCUUUCGGUCUUGUCAACGACAGGUCGGAGUAGCCGGACCCACAGGUCGGAGUUCACCUGCUGGGACAUUUCACCCAGGCGGUACUUCCGGUCUUGCGGGUCAUGUAGCCGGAUCCACAGGUCGGAGUUCACCUGCUGGGACAUUUCACCAGGUGUCACUUCCGGUACUGCUAGUUAUGGAUCUGGCCGGAAUUCACCAGUGGGCACUGCAACUAAUCACGUGUCCUCCAGAGCCUCGUCGCGUGCUUCAUCUCCAAACAGUGUCCAUUCAUCGACACUACAAGAGCCACCAGCUAGAGGAUCAAACAGCCGGGAUAUCCAAGCUGAAAUAAAACAGCGCCCUCCUUCGCCUCAGUUUUAUCCAGCCCUGAGUCAGUUCUCCUCGACAUUGCCCACAGAAUCAGACGUGGCUGCAGCUUAUGUGAGCCAAUUCCCAAACAGGAGUAAUUUUUCAGGCACACUUGAAAUGCAUGAUCUCAGUUCAACCAAAGCAAGUCUCAAACGUCCAGAGAGUGCUCCAUUCGUUCCAUAUGCGCACGAGAGUAGUUUCCCGGGUCAGCAACCAUACGCCUCACCCAACCAAUCUCUGAUUCAGUCAACAACCCAGGGCCAGCCACCCCAUGGAGUGAGACCUUCAGCUUCGCCCCAGCAUCAGUUGCGUCAGGUACAUAUUCCAAGGUCCUCGUCUCCAACACAAGGUAGCAAGGAACUGCCCUACCAAAACCAAGCAGCUAUUCCACAAGACCAAAGUACCUUCCAAUCACCGGCAUAUCCUGGAUUAUCCUACAGUGCACAGCCAACGCUGCCAGCCAAGAGUGUUGUCGUGAAUGAAGAAUAUGGAAGGGAGAGAACUCUUACUCCAAUUCCUGAAAUGAAGAAGACACUCACAAAAAAUAUGUCCAACAUAGUUGAGGAAAUGGAGGAGGAACUGAAAGGGUUGAGCUCGCGGUCAGUAAGUCCCGCAGAAAUGAUCUCCAUCAGCCAGAAGUAUGGCCCACCAAAAGCAGCGUCAACACCUAAGAAAGGAAGAACCUCACCACGAACGAUCCACAGCCUGAUACAGCGCGACAAGAAAAGGAAGUUACUCUCCCCUAGAGGGAGUAGAAGCCCAAGUCCAGUGUCUGAUGACUCGGCCAGGGUUCCAGUAAGACGAAACACCGCAGCCGUCAAACCAUCCUACAGAAUCUUGGGAGAGAUUGCAUUUCAACUGGAACGUCGCAUCCUCGACUACGUCUUCGCCAGGAACAAACCAGAAGACAGGGAUCGCGCCAAGCGACGUUUCUACGGCUACACCGUCAGCAACAUCCCGUUCAUGAUCGCCAAGGAAGUCCGUAGACAUGAUGGGUCAAAGGAUGACCAACUGGAGUUCAAGCUCAACUACAGACUCCGUUACACGGUGACAACCCUUGGACCCUAUGGCUAUAAGCUUGACAGACAUGGCAUCUUCGCGCAGGAAAUGAUAAACAAGUAUGGACUUCUUAGCAACGCUCCAGAUCGCAGAACACUGGAAGCCUUUGGUCUCGCAGAUGCCGACACUUUGCGAGGUUUUGUGUCACUUCUAUCUGAGACUGAAACAGAGAAGAAGGACAACCUCAUCCUUUUAGAAUGCCUUAUGUUGAUGGCUCACGAUGAUGGCCGCGCCGUGUUCUUGUGGUGAUGCCUUGUUUAAUAUCAUUAUGGUUUUGCAUGUCAUAGCGUCGUAUUCUAGCGUUUAUUAUUUCGGCAGUCAAGUAUAUAUUUACGUCCCAAUCUGGUUUCAAAUUGUAAUUGCUUUCCCACUGAAAACUACGUCUUAACCCGGUAAAUGUAUCGUCAAGUAUAAUCCCACAGCAACUUUAGAAAUUGUCUUACCUCCUUGUACUAUGAUAUCCUUUGCUUUUUAUUUGGAUAAAUGUGUGGUGCACAGUG